AUGAGUUAUUAUAAUUAUUUGAAAACAAAAAGUCAACUUAAUGAUGAUAAUGAUGAGAGAUAUGACCAUGUCGAAAUGAUACCAAGAGACAGUUACAAUAAUGAAAAUGAGGACCUUCGGAAUAGUGUAUAUUAUCCGCAUGGUCUGCAUGGCCCGCAUACCCGUUUUCAUGUCAAUAUGAAGAAGGUAAGGAAAGAUCGAUGUGCACCCUCUGAAUCAAGGAGCAACCAAUUUAGCAAAGAAAAUGCCGAAAAUUAUAUACUUAAAAAGAAAAUAAAUGAUACGAUUUUAAGCAACAUAAAAAAUAUUUUCGAGAAAAUGGUUAGCAUAGAACGGUUGACAAACAUGGACAAUUAUAAAUGUAUGAAAAAUAAAAUUCAACCGUAUGACCAUAUGCAUCAGAAGGGAAGAGCGAAUGGGACCAUGCGUCUACAUAGCAGGAGUUCUUCUCCCAGGGUGGAUGAGUUAUUAUGCACUUCUACCACUCCCAAUGGAAGGACUACCACUUUGUAUGACGAUCAUGAGAAUAACGAUUUGUUCAAAUCUGUUUGCGAUUCAUCUGCAGACAGCUACCGCAGUUGUAUUAACAGCUGCGAAUAUUCCCACAAUGGGAACACAUAUGAGAGUAGUAACUCAUAUGAUCCCAAUUUAUAUGAAGACGAAGGUUACCCUUAUCCCGUCAAUAACAUUCGCGUCCGUCAGAUACGCUUGAAAAGAGAUAACCGCAAGAUACACAAACGGCGUGAUAAAAUGAGUAACUCCGAUGAAUUCAAAAGUGAAUAUGCAGAUGCCUUGCUUUGUCGACCCCCUGUGUAUGGUAUUUCUCCCUCAGGUAGAAGAAGAACUAUUUUGAAAAGGAUGUUGGAGGAAGAAGUUAACGGUGAGUCAUUUAAAGGGGAAAUACUCAAUAGAAAAAUGGGGAGCACAUACCAAAACAUAAGUGUAAGUAAAAAGGGUCAUGUGGACUCCCCCGGCAAUCAUCCCACUAAGCCUGGACCAUACCAUUUCGAUACAUCUGAAGCGAAGCAGCCAUCUGCGGGAGGAAAGGAGAAGUCCAACUUGAUUAUGUGUAAAAAGGAAGAAGACGCGAACGCCCUGUUUAGCAAUAAAGAAAAUCAAGAACCCACUAGCCCUGAAACCGUGCAGAAGGAAAAUGAUAUAAUUAUUGUAAAAGAUGAGCAGUUAAACAAACGUAUGAAUGCCUUCCCAGGAAGUAACAAUUUGGAGAAUAAAAAUAUCCUAUUCCCUUAUGAAGAGGAGGGACGCAUACAUAGGAAUCAAAGUAAUCUAACAAAAUAUGAAAGAGAUAAAUAUUUUUAUGGGCAGUAUAAAUAUGAUGAGACGAUAUUUAUAUAUGACUUGAUAGUUCUGGAUACUUCUGGGUUUUUAUACAAAGUUUCAACUGAUGGGACAUACUACUGGAAACAUAAAGUAGUGAAAAAUAUCCAGGACCACAUAAACAUUGAUCAGAACAAAAAGGGAAGAACCUCACACAAGUCGAUUAGGAAUGAAGCGGGGUAUGAUCUCCCAUUUAAAGAUGUCGUAGCAAAAAAUAAACACAAUAUAAAUGAUGAUUUAAAACGGAGAGCAAUGAAGAAACUACAUUACAAUAAUUUUUUCGAUAUGAGAAAAUUAAGUGUAUCCCAAAAUGACAAAUUUAAAGGGGAAGAGAGAGUUAUGCAAAAUGGAACCAAAAACAGGGAGAAGAAAAAAACUCCCCAUGAGGAAAAUUUGAAGAGAAAUAAAAAUAUAACAAAAAGAUUGCUUUCAAAUUAUAGUGGAGAUUUAUUUUAUAUAAAUGAAAAUAAUGAAGCCAUGCCACUAAAUAUUAACAUCAAGGAUGUCGUCAAUAAUUCGCCCUUCAAAUCGCCACUUUUUCCUAAUAUCGUUUUUAUGGGUUCCAGACAUUCCAGCAUCGUUAAUUUGGAUUAUGACACAGGGGAGGUCAUAAAAAAAUACGAUGAAAAUCUGGAAAAUCUGCUCAUAAAAAAGGAGAAAAAAACACUACCCAACAGGAACAGGGAAUUUGUAAAGAGUAACCCCACUGAAAGGCAAGAAGAAUUACUGCAGAAUGAGUAUACCGUGGAGUUGGAUGAUCUGAACGGACACACCAAUGAGGGAGGCGAACCUGAACGUGCACACGCGGAUGAUGAGCAUGGUGAUGAUGAUGAGUUUGAUGAUGAGUUUGAUGAUUACCCUGGUUACGAAGAACGCAGUGCAAACGAUGAGGAACUCUCCCCAGGUGAAUACCAAAAUGACGCCAUAAAGGACGAAGUAGUAGGAGGAGCGGGCAUUCAUAACAAGAGCAUCAUGAACGUUAGCCAUGGGGUCAAGACCAAUGAGCCAUUUUUUGGUCAUGAGGAAGAUAGCACCCUGCUGAAAUCGACCGAUGCACUGAAUAAAUACUUAGAGGGAAACGAUUUUUACGGAUACACAUCAAAAAGUAAGUAUAGUAUUGUUAACAAGUAUAAUGAGGAAGGAAUGGGCGAAAAGGGGAAAUACCCCUUAAAGGCUGUGCGAAACAAUCUACGGGAAAGGAAAAAGGUUCUAAUCAAAAAGCUCCUCAUGAGUUUGAACAGAAGCAGUUCACUAAGUAGAUAUCCGCAUAAUAACAAUAACCUCCUGGACAUUACAAUAAUGAAAAAUAAAAGAGAAAAAAAAAGAAAAAAAAAAAAGAGAAGAAGAAAAACGAAGAAGAGACAACUGCAAAUAAGCAUAGUUAAGUGGAUUAUAAAAGCUGUGGAUGAAAAAUCACUGAAACAGAAAUGGAUAACAACUUGGGUCGAUGUUGGAUCGAUUUUCAUAACGGAUAGUCAUAAACAAGAUUCGACAUUCAUCAAUUCCCUUAUCGAAAUUGUGGGAAAUAAGCUAAUACUCAGGCCCCAGGAAAUGGACAAAAUGAUAAAGGCGUAUGGCAUUCGGAAGAAUGUACAUAGUGAGCCAGAGGAGGGCGUGGAUUACCUGGAGAGGAAUGGUGAACACAGGGUGGAGAGUGCCGUGCCUGUGGAUGACCUGGUUGAUGAGGUUGCCCAUGGCAGGCCCGAUGAACCGGUGGAUCGACGAAGCGGAGUUAGGAAACGAAUGAACCAAGAGGGAUCAAAUGUAAAAUCUAAAAUUUUUAUUUUCUCGGAGGCGGUGUCCUCCGUUUUUGCGCUCAGAUAUAAACGUGCAUCAAACAUUUUCACCCUAGACGUGAUAAUGAAGCAGAAUAGCAAAAUGUACCCGGGUUAUAAUAAUAUAAAGGGAUUCAGUUACAAUGCCUUAAAUUUUAAGAAGGAAAACACUCUCCUUCUCCCCUUUUCGUCUAGCCAUUUUGCAAAGAACUAUGAUGAGAAAACCUUUUGUAAUUUUGAUGAAAAUAUAAAUUAUGGGAAGAAAUUAUUGCACAGAUUGAAUAACAUAUCGGUAAGCAUAACUUCCAUCGAGAAGGAUAUACGGUACCUUCUAUCCAACAUAAUUUUUAUAUAUGAUAGGAAUAAGAAGGUACCUAUAAAUUAUAUAUACAAGAUGAAGGGGCUGAUACGGGAGUAUCACAAGACGAAGGAAGAGUUUCUGUUUUAUUUGCCCGGUGUGGAUAGUAGCAAGCACCUGAGUUACUCGCGUUACCACGACGCUGGUACGGGAAAUUACAUGGGUGACCAUAUGGGUGGUUAUAGGGGCGAUUAUGGUAGCAUUUUUAGUGACACUUUUAGUCGCGGUUUUAGUGGUAGUCUCGGUGGAAGCCAUGGGUUUGGUCAUCCAGCGGCGGGACGACCCAUCCACAUUUGUGAAUACGUAAAUAAAUUUAUCGACAUGUAUUUCGAAGAAAACGAAAUAUGCUUCGACUACUGUUCCAUGCUGAACAUAUGGGACAAGAUAUUUAACAAUUACGUCAGUCAGGAUGACUGUUUGUUAUUGUCCAAUUUAUAUCGAGUCAUACAAAAUGCAUUCGCAUAUAACCACCGAGAUUUUAACCUCCCAAAUGAUGAUGUGGACCACAUGAUAGCUGAUAAUGCAAAUUUUUUGGUAAAGAGGAGAAAGAAGAACUUUGGUUAUUCACGAAACCAAGAACUUAAAGAAGUGUCAACGUUGAAAUACAGGAAGGGGUGGUACUGGAACAUGUUCUAUGCAAUUAUGCUGAUAUUCGUAGUCCCCUUUGUGUUCAUCUAUAGAAUAUUUAGGAAAAAAAAAAACAAUAACACUAGCAGCAGUAAGGUAAUUAUGAAAAAGAAAAAGUUGAAAGAUUAUGAUGACUAUGCGCGGGAUAAGGAUCUGCUAAAGUUAAGAUACCGUCUGUUACACGAUGAGCGUAUGAGGCUGAAAAAUUCCUUAGGGGAAAACAAUUACGACGAUUUAGCACAAAUCGAAUUAAACAUUAAUAUGAAAAGGGAGAUAGCCAGUAAGUUGAAAGAACUAGAGCAGGAACCUACCCUAAUUGACAUUCUAGCGAAACAUGCUAGAGACUCCGAUAGUGAUAGCAAAUUUUAUGAUAUAAAUGAAGGGAUGUAUAACAUACAUUCACAGAGCUACUGGGGUGGCUCUUCAAAAUAUAGCUUGCCCAAUAUGUCCACCAAGUAUCCUGGAAGAAGCAAAUCGAAGGAAACCAUAAAAUCAGAUAUCACUGGGAAAAAUAUGUUCUAUACGUAUAGAAGAAGGGCUGCAUCUCAAGAUGUUUCUGAUAAGCAAUCCUUCGUUGUAAAAAAAAGGGUUAGAAGUAGCUAUAAAUUAGGAAACAAAUAUCACAAAAAAAACUAUACAGAUAAUGAGAAGGAUAAGAAGCAUAACCGCAUGAAGGAAAAACACAUAAACGAAAAAGAUUUCGAUAAGGGCGAUUUUAUAAAUUUCCUUACCAACUUUAAUAAGAAAUUUAUGAAAAAGAACUCCCUAGUAGAUCACCUUCUCAAAAUAAACAAAACGGAAGUAGUUAACCCGAAAACAGAAGGCCAUACCUACAGUAAGAGCAGUAACGAAUACCACACACAUUCGGACCAUUCGAAGAAGGAUGAAGAUAGCCACACUGAACAUAUGAACAAUUCAGGGAAAAAAACACUGACGAAGAAACAUCUAAAUGAAGAGAAUAAAACAACUGAGGAAAAAAAAAACAAGAACAAAUACGGAAAGCAUGCCGAUAGUGGAAAUGGCUAUACUAUUAACACGCAUAAGCAGAGCACCCCGAUGAAGAGCAAAUUAGAGAACCUUGCAAAUAAUAAUGAAAUAAUAAAUAAUAAAAGUUCCAGUGCACGAAAUUUAUCCAUAAUACAAAGAUCCCACAUUCCGUAUGAUGCUCCACUGGCUGAUUUUUUAGAAAAUGGAAGAUUUAUGAGAACGUUCGAAAAUAUUUCUCUUAUUGGUCAGGGUGGAUUUGGGUCGGUGUAUAAAGUGUCACAUCGUCUGGAACCAGGGUCCCCAACAUAUGCUGUAAAAUUUAUUUACUUAAAAGUGAGUUCCUUGGAUAAUGUGAGUUCCAGAAGAUACUUUCGCGAAAUUGCAGCCAAUAGAGAUAUUUACAGUAAGCAUGUUGUCCGGUACUACACUUGGUGGUGUGAAGAGCCGCAGUUUCUUCCCAUGCAUGUUAUGCCCAAGGAAAUACAAAACUUAGUUAAAAAGAACAAAGAUUCAUUUAAAAAAAUGUACAGUAAAAAUAAAAAAAGCGAUAGCCUUCUUAGCUAUGAAAAGUUAUCAUCUUGGGAAAGGAAAAAAAGCGAUUUGAAAAAUUUUAAAAAAGUUAUUAAGAAGAAGAAUGAAAGGAGCUUAACGUUUUACAGUGAUAAUGAUGGACUGAAUUCGAAGAGAAAUGAAAAAGGGGGUAGAAAAAGAUUUCUUAGCGACAAAAACUUUUCUGAUAAUAUUUACACCAAUGCUAAUGCUAAAAAUAAGAAGAAGAAAAAAAAAAAGAAGAAAAAAAUUAUAUACAGGGAAAAACAAAAUGAACAUCGGAAGGGAAGAAAUGACAGGCAUUCCACUGCGCAAGAUAAAUUCAAUCCUGUUUCGUUCAACUCAAGUUUUCAAGAGUACGAUCCCUUUGGUUGUGGCUAUUUAAGUGAGGAAGAUAGAGACUUGGUAGUUUUCGCAGACAAUGAUGAACCGAGCGUACAUAUUGAGGAAGUAGACUCGGAUGGAAAAAUCUCUCAUCCUAGCAGUCGCACCGAUGACGAGAUGAACCAAAAGGAUGCACCAUCUGGCAAGCUUCAAGUGGGUGUAACGCCAACCGCUCAGGGCGACGACGAAGAGAAAGGAAAAUAUGAGCAGCCAGAAUCACCGCAAAGCGGGGUGAACAACCAUCAAAGCAGCGAUCGUUACGACGAUACGGAUAAUGAUUCAAAGACAGGAGGAGAAGAAAUACAUCGAAUCAGAAAUCCCGCAAUGGACAACCUUUUGAUAACAAGCACGAAGGAAAAAUAUACUGAAGAGGAAAACGGUAUGAAGAAAAGGAAAAAAUGCAAGGAAGAGGAGCCCCUUGCUAGGAGCAAACCAUUCCAGCAUAAUCAGAAAAAAGAAAAUAUUAAUAAUAAAAAUAAGGAAAAAAUAAAAAAUGAGGAGAAUGAAAAAAAUGAAGAUGAAUUAGCUAAUAAGGAAAACGCCGACAGAGUAAAAAGUUAUAAGAAAAAAAUUGUGGCACCAGAAUUUUCCAUUGUACUGCUACUACAAAUGGAGCUCUGCAAGGGCUACACACUACGUAAGUGGUUAGAUAGAUCAACAAGAAGUGAUAAGCCUCUGCAUUUUACCUACCGAGAUAAAAAUAUGAACCACCCGCUAGAGUUUGAUUUGUUUAAGCAGCUCAUUAAAGGCUUGAAGGAUAUCCAUUCCACGUGCUUUAUUCACAGAGACUUAAAACCAGAAAAUAUUUUUGUGGAUCCAGAUACGUACACGUUAAAAAUUGGGGAUCUUGGAUUAGUGAGAUUUAUUGAAGAGAAAAAAAGGGAAAAGGAUUUAAGUAAUAUAGACACAUUUAAGGAUAAUAUUUACACGGAUAUUAAUCAUAAUACCAUAACUAGCCAAAUUUCAUUGAAAGGACAAAUUAUAGGUACUCCAGGAUAUACCGCCCCAGAGGGAGGUGCCCUAUGUGAUGAAAAGGCAGACAUAUACAGCGCUGCGCUAAUAUUACUAGAGUUGCUUUGUCCAAGAUUUAAUACAAUAAUGGAAAGAUACAAACGGCUAAAUGACUUUAGGAAUUAUUAUGCCGUUCCCGAUUAUGUGAAAAUUCAUUUAAAUCCAUGGUACAUUUUGAUGCUACAAAUGUCCAAGCCAAACCCAGCCGACAGACCUUCGGCUGCAGAUUUGUAUAGUAAAAUUAAGGUUCUCUUGGAUCCCCAUUUAACCGACUUUGCCUUCAGUUUCAAUGAUAUUAACAAUGACGAUUUGGGUUAUGUCCCUUCGGGGGUGGGGUCCAAGUAUCGCACCGACGAUGGGGAUGAGAACAAUGGCAAGGAGGACAAGAAUGGAAAGGAGGACAAGGAUAAGAGGUACGAAAAGGAAGAUAAUGGAAUAUAUUUAAAAAGUUACAAAAACAAUACCAACGGUGCCAGCAGCACUAAAACAGAUAAAGUAUUCUUAAAUAACAACGUAGACGAUAAAAAUGGUUUUAACAAGAAUAGCGACAAUCUUAACGGUACAACUAUUGAGAACAAGGGAGUUUCGUUCAAUGGAACAACCCCAGAAUGA